CGUUCCGGCCCCAGGUCAGGCCAAACUUCACCGUCUAGGUCCUCAAAUCAGUCGGGUCUUGCAAUUUUUGUCUCUCUCUCCGACUUGUUUUGUUUUAGAGACGGUCCCUUCUUUUACCUCCCCCCGAGCCAGCCUCGGCUGCUGAGCCAUCAAUUCCAAACACCCGACCCCCCAAAGCCGCUGCUGCCGACUGCCGUCUACAGUGCCGCCGCCUGCCUCACCUGAGCCUUGCCUUUCCCUCCCGCCUCGGCCUCACUCACUCCACCUCCGCCGCCACCUUCGAUUCUUCCCCCCUCCCCCUCCACGGGACCAUUUCCCGCGCGCGCGACACACCUACGGUGCCAGAACAGAUUCACCCUUGCCCCGAGGCUCACCAGCCGCGCAUGCGCUUCGCAGAGACGUCGCAGAACCGAACAGAAACAGCCGACUACGACCAACGUGCGGUGCGGUGCGGAUGGAUCGUGUCGCGUUCGGCUGAGCCGUAGACCUCGAGAGAAGAAGACGACCGCCGCUGCAGCGAGCCGCAAAUGAUCUGCGAACCUGACGCCCACUGCGUAACCUCGAGAUCCAAUGGGAGCAUAGGACAACAUGACCGACCGGAACGCCGCUGCCAUGGGCAAGAGCGUCAAGGAGGACCCAGCCAAGGGUGACGAUGGCAAAGCCAAGAAUCGCGACAAGAGCUCGAAUAGCGCCGCCACAGGCAACCACAAGACUCCUACCAAGAAGAGACGCAAAGUGAACCACGCUUGCGUAUAUUGCCGACGAUCUCACAUGACAUGCGAUCUUGAGAGACCAUGCACGAGAUGUAUCAAGCGCAACAUCGGGCACCUCUGCCACGACGAGCCCCGCGACGCCGACUCCAAAAAGGCCAAGAGCGUCCAGAGCAUACAGAGCACCUCUGUUGUCGAUGAGUCGGAUGCCCAGUCCGACAUGGCUCGAAGCUCCAUCUCGAGCACCAUGGGUCCACCGCCCAACUUUGAUGCGACGAGGCAGAGAGGUGCCAAGGGAUUUGGGGGCGUGCUGGGCCAGGGUAGCCCGCUGUCCAUUGUGCAACCCGGUCAUGUCUCCGGGCUGCAGGGAAAUACGUUGAACAACGGCAACAGCAACGCGAAUCAAUGUACGUCUUGGGUCCCCUCUGUCCUGCCACUGGGAGGGGCCCUUGAGAGAUCGCUGACACGCCACCCCAACCCAGUCGCUGGCUUUCAAGAUGCGUGGAUGACGGCCCAGAACCACUUCCAUGACAUGCACAGCUUCCACCCCAACUACAUGAUCGCCCCCGAAGUCACCCACGAGUUCAACCUUCUCAACGACUUCCUCCACACCAGCCUGCUCGAUGACGGCGGGGUGCCGUCCGAAGACUCCCAGCAGAGCCCGGCGGCAUUCAGAAGGUCGAGCCAGUCGGAAAUGUUGCCUGGAUUCGGCAACAGCAGCAACUCCCUGGCAGCUGGCGGCUCGAACCCGAUGUCCAACAACAUGUCGGGGGGAUCGAUGCUGCCACCCCCGACCAACAACCUCGAGGGCAAGGCCAUCCCACGGCCGGGGAGCGUCGUGCCCGCCGACAAGGCCCGUGAAUACUAUCUCCAGGCCGCUGAUCCAUCGGGCAACGAUACGCCCGAGGAGCGUAUGGCACGUGUGCUCAAGGCCAAGUACGACGCCGGCCUGCUCAAGCCCUUCAACUACAUCAAGGGGUACGCUCGCUUGGGUACUUACCUCGACUCUCACAUCGCUCCAUCGUCCAAGCAGAAGAUUCUACGGACCAUCAACCAGUUCCGGCCCAAGUUCCGCGAGAAGGCGCAGGCCUUGACGGAUAUGGAGCUUGUGUACGUUGAGAUGUGGUUUGAGAAGCAGCUCAUGGACUACGACCGGGUCUUUGCGAGCAUGGCGGUACCAGCAUGCUGCUGGCGAAGGACCGGUGAGAUCUUUAGAGGCAACAAGGAGAUGGCCGAGUUGAUUGGCGUGUCAGUCGCCCAGCUCAGAGAUGGCAAGAUUGCGUUGCACGAGAUUCUCACAGAAGAAUCAAUGGUUCGCUACUGGGAAGAGUUUGGCACCAUCGCUUUUGAUCCGGCGCACGAGACCCUCCUGACGGCCUGCUCGCUCAAGAAUCCCACUCCUGGGUCAAAUCACCCCAUUGUGAAAUGCUGCUUCUCGUUUAUGAUUCGACGGGAUGAUCACAAAUUGCCAGCCUUAAUUGUGGGCAACUUUUUACCCCACGACCCGCCUUUGCAAUGACGACCAGGGGGGUCUUGAGAUGACCUCAUCUACAGUAUCUACAGAAUUGGAUAUGAGCCUCUUGAUUGAGCAGGCAGUCGAGUUGAGUUGAAGGAGAUAGGCCUGAUUGGCACUUUGGAAACAAGGGAAAGAGAAAGGGCGCAUUGGUUACCUUACGUUACGUUACGCUAGAUUUGGAAAGCGUAUAUAUAUUGUCUAUGACGCAUUAGAUAGCAAGUGUCUGUCUACAUAUGUCUAUUGGUUUUUUAAUAACCAUUUUUGGAUUG